AGACGCGCAGCGGACAAGUUGUCACUGGAAAUACGGUGGGCACUCGCUAAGGAAUUCAAAUCGAAUCGAAUUGAAUUGAACCGAAAAUACUUUCUGCGGCUCCACAUAAAUGCUGACUGCUGCUGCUGGCCAUGAUGUCUUGGCCAAAACAAUGGGGCUUCGCUAGCCUCUGGCUGCCCGUGCUGAUCGGCCUGCUCCACACACAAAAUGCAUCAGCUUUCAUUGUGCCCCGGGAACUGCCCUCCAUCUUAUCCAUAGUUUACUCCAAUAUACCACCGAUUAAAAAGGGAACUGAUUCCCGUCUGGGCUUUGGCUUUCGCCUGGGCGAGCAUGCGGACUUUCAGGUGAUGGUGGAACUGGGUCCCCAGAAGGAGACGCGUCCCAUCGGCGAGCCCAGCCAGGAUGAUCAAUCGUUCAACAAGCGCCAGGUGAGCCAGAGCGAUCAGAAGGCUCUGGCCCGUCAACUUUACCGCCAGCAGGUGAUGGAGGAGGCGGAGAGAUUGAUGAGCUCCACGGAGAGGAAUGGGGCCAGCUGGCUGCAGGCCUGGUCGAAUGGCAUGAAGCCGCAGAAGCCCAAAUCGAAGGAUCAGCCCAAGAAGCUGGUGAAAGAAAGUUCGGCAGGCAAUUAUCAGAAUGCACAGGCAACAGAUCCCACCAGUGCCAUGAAGCAGCUGCAGUUGCUCUACAAAAUGGCCACCAGUUCCAGCACCACAACCACCACAACAGUGCCUCCUGUCUUCACAGGAGGAUCCCUUAAUUUGGGUGGACCAAGUGGCUUCAAACUGCCACCACCUGCUCUCAGCCAGGAUACGAACACGCUGAGCAAUCCUGAUCCUCUCAAGAGCAAAAGUGAGAUCACCAAGGAGCUAAUGGAUGUCAGUCUGGAGACGGACACUUAGGUUGUGCGCUUAUCUAGUUACUAAUUAACCUCUGUAUACAAAUGCUCGCGUCUUUGGGUGCUUAGCAAAUCUGUGUGUAGUAUGGCUUAGCUAUCUUUUGUAAAUAAAAUUAAAACUAAAUCUAAGUUAGUGAAUCGCAUUAUUGGCCAGCCUAAAUGUAGGCAAUAGAAAUUUUAUGUCAAAUCGAGGUCAUGUAAAAAUCAUGUAGAAUUGUAUAAAUGUAAGGUAAAAUUUACAUUGGUUAAAUAUAUUAAAAACUG